AUGAAAGAAGCCAUCGGGCAAUUUAUGGACAAGUUUAGGGAUAUAAGUGAGCAAUACCUUUCACAGAUAAGAUCGCUAAGCAUGGGCUUAUUAUUAGGAGGGCUUUCAUCACUAUUUCUUAUAUAUCGUCCACACAUGAUUUUUACCUAUAAAAAUGCAAGUCAAAUUCCUCAAAGAUUUUUUCAGCUUAAAAAUCCAAGACUAAAAGGAAUAUUACAAAAUCAUAUCAUUGAUUCAGGCAGUGCUCAAGAAUUUCUUUUUUAUCAUACCCCUACAUUGAAAAUAUGAAAUAGAUUUUCCAAAAAAAAUAAAAAUUUAGAAGCUGACGAUUUCAUUAAAUUUAGAAUGGCUGGGAUUGGUUCAAUUAAUUCUGAAGGAAUAAAAAGAAUUGAAAAUCUGAUGAUAAGAAAGGCAAAAAUUGAAAUUAUAGGCAGAGAUAAAGAUAAUAAUAUAGUGGAGGCAAUUUUAUUUGCAAGAGGAAGAAUUUUUGAAAAAAAUAUGCCCUAUGAGAAAGAAUAAAAAAAAUGGAUGUUAAAAGAGAUAUCUUAAGAAAACUGUUCUAAUACAGGAUAUCAACUUCUGGCUAUUAGAAAUGAGUUAUGCUGAAAAAAGACUGCUUUCAGAUGCAGAUCUAGCUAUUUUUUCCCAGAAAAAACUUGAAGAUUUAAAUGAAAAAAUAUCUAAAAUCCAGAAAAAGGAAAAAUGGCUAUCCUUCCUCAAGCUGAAGCAGCUUUUCUUCAAAAAAUAG